GUCAAAUCCAGCCAUAUCAGAUUGGAUCUCUGUUUCAUUUGUUGAAAGUGCACUGCAUUCACGUUUUGUGUUACGCAAAAAUUGUUUCCUACCGGUGAAUCUAUAAAAAUAUCGAUAAUAAUCUCACCAUGGCAACACAGUUUCUGAACCGUAUCGGGCAACUCGGUCUAGGAGUGGCCGUUAUUGGCGGAGUGGUCAACUCAGCAUUAUAUAACGUGGACGGUGGUCAUCGGGCGGUUAUUUUCGAUCGCUUUAGUGGUGUGAAGCAGCAGGUAUCGGGCGAAGGAACGCAUUUCUUCGUGCCAUGGGUACAGCGGCCGAUUAUUUUCGAUAUUCGUUCACAACCCCGCAACGUUCCGGUAGUGACGGGAAGUAAGGAUUUGCAGAACGUAAACAUCACGCUGCGUAUCCUGUUCCGCCCAGUUCCCGAUCAGCUGCCCAAGAUCUACACAAUCCUCGGCCAGGACUACGACGAGCGUGUGCUGCCUUCGAUCACGACAGAAGUGUUGAAGGCGGUCGUAGCACAAUUUGAUGCCGGCGAGUUGAUCACGCAGCGAGAGAUGGUUUCCCAGAAAGUUUCGGACGAUCUGACCGAGCGUGCCGCACAGUUCGGUGUCAUUCUGGACGAUAUCUCCAUCACGCAUCUUACGUUUGGCAAGGAAUUCACGCAAGCCGUCGAAAUGAAGCAGGUGGCACAGCAGGAAGCCGAGAAGGCCCGAUUCCUCGUCGAGAAGGCGGAACAGAUGAAGCAGGCAGCAAUCAUCACGGCCGAAGGUGACGCAGAGGCAGCCAAGAUGCUUGCCAGGUCAUUGAAGGAAUCCGGUGACGGUUUGAUUGAGUUGCGACGAAUUGAAGCUGCCGAAGAUAUUGCCUAUCAAAUGAGCCGAGCGCGAGGAGUCAGCUAUCUGCCAGCCGGACAACAGACGCUUCUUCAAAUUCCGCAGUAAAGCGGCUCGAACUUACCUUUCGUAAAACCUGAAAAAUGUCGUGCGUCGACGGAUGGCGAACGUUCGCAGACUAAAGAAGCAUUUGCGGCGAAAGAAUACGCGAAAGGA